AAGCCCAGAAUCAGGAACUAGCCAACUAGCCAGGGGUCUACUCAGGGCCUGAGUCAGCCACUGCCACCCCAGGAGCAGCUGUCUGCGUGGUAACUCCAGCCUUGAAGUCCAGGAGGACGCCACUAUGGGUUUCUCUUCGGAGCUGUGCAGUCCCCAGGGCCACGGGGCAGUGCAGCAGAUGCAGGAAGCUGAGCUUCGCCUACUGGAAGGCAUGAGGAAAUGGAUGGCCCAGAGGGUCAAGAGUGACCGGGAAUACGCAGGCCUGCUUCACCACAUGUCACUGCAGGACAGUGGAGGUCAGAGCCGGAGCAGCAGCCCUGACAGCCCAGUCAGCCAGUCCUGGGCCGAGAUCACCAGCCAGACGGAGAGCCUGAGCAGGGUGCUGCGGCAGCAUGCAGAGGAUCUGAACUCAGGGCCCCUGAGCAAGCUGAGCCUGCUGAUCCGGGAGCGACAGCAGUUACGAAAGACCUACAGUGAGCGGUGGCAGCAGCUGCAGCAGGAGCUCACCAAGACCCACAGCCAAGACAUUGAGAAGUUGAAGAGCCAGUACCGAGCCCUGGCACGGGACAGCGCCCAGGCCAGGCGCAAGUACCAAGAGGCCAGCAAAGACAAGGACCGGGACAAGGCCAGGGACAAGUAUGUGCGCAGCCUGUGGAAGCUGUUUGCCCAUCACAACCGCUACGUGCUGGGGGUGCGGGCCGCGCAGCUGCACCACCAGCACCACCACCAGCUCAUGCUGCCCGGCCUGCUGCAAUCACUGCAGGAGUUGCACGAGGAGAUGGUGCGCGUCCUGAAGGAGAUCCUGCAGGAAUACUUGGAGAUUAGCAGCCUGGUGCAGGACGAGAUGGUAGCCAUUCACCAGGAGAUGGCUGCAGCUGCUACCCGCAUCCAGCCUGAGACCGAGUACCAAGGCUUCCUGCGUCAGUACGGGUCUGCCCCUGACGUCCCACCCUGUGUCACCUUUGAUGAGUCCCUGCUUGAGGAGGGUGAACAGCUGGAGCCUGGGGAGCUGCAGCUGAACGAGUUGACAGUGGAAAGUGUGCAACACACGAUGACCUUCGUGACAGAUGAACUGACUGUGGCCACCGAGGCAGUGCUGAGCCGGCAGGAGGUGGUCAGUCAGCUGCAGCGUGAGCUCCGGAAUGAGGAGCAGAACACCCACCCCCGGGAGCGGGUGCAGCUGCUGGGCAAGAGGCAGGCACUGCAGGAGGCACUGCAGGGGCUACAGGUAGCAUUGUGCAGCCAGGCCAAGCUGCAGGCCCAGCAGGAGCUGCUGCAGACCAAGCUGGAGCAGCUGGGCCCCGGGGAGCCCCCGGCCGUGCUGCUCCUGCAAGAUGACCGCCACUCCACCUCAUCCUCGGAGCAGGAGCGAGAGGGGGGAAGGACGCCCACGCUGGAAGUCCUUAAGAGCCACUUCUCUGGAAUCUUCCGCCCCAAGUUCUCGCUCCCCCCACCGCUGCAGCUCGUUCCAGAGGUGCAGAAGCCUCUGCAGGAGCAGCUGUGGUACCAUGGGGCCAUCCCGAGGGCGGAGGUGGCUGAGCUGCUGACACACUCCGGAGACUUCCUGGUUCGGGAGAGCCAGGGCAAGCAAGAGUACGUGCUGUCCGUGCUGUGGGACGGCCUGCCCCGCCACUUCAUCAUCCAGUCCACAGAUAACCUGUACCGGCUGGAAGGGGAUGGUUUCCCCAGCAUCCCCUUGCUCAUUGACCAUCUGCUGACCUCCCAGCAACCCCUCACCAAGAAGAGUGGUGUUAUCCUGUACAGGGCCGUGCCCAAGGACAAGUGGGUGCUAAACCAUGAGGACCUGGUAUUGGGGGAGCAGAUUGGGCGGGGGAAUUUUGGUGAAGUGUUCAGCGGACGUCUGAAAGCAGACAACACCCUUGUGGCUGUGAAGUCUUGUCGGGAGACACUGCCACUCGACCUCAAGGCCAGGUUUCUACAAGAAGCCAGGAUCCUAAAGCAAUACAGCCAUCCCAACAUCGUGCGUCUCAUCGGCGUCUGCACGCAGAAACAGCCCAUCUACAUCGUCAUGGAACUUGUGCAAGGGGGCGACUUCCUGACCUUCCUGCGGACAGAGGGAGCCCGCCUGCGGGUGAAGACACUGCUGCACAUGGUUAGGGACGCAGCUGCAGGCAUGGAGUACUUAGACAGCAAGUGUUGCAUCCACCGGGACCUGGCUGCUCGGAACUGUCUAGUGACAGAGAAGAAUGUCUUGAAGAUAAGUGACUUUGGGAUGUCCCGAGAGGAAGCUGAUGGCAUCUAUGCAGCCUCCGGGGGCCUCAGACAAGUCCCCGUGAAGUGGACCGCACCCGAGGCCCUGAACUAUGGUCGCUACUCCUCCGAGAGUGAUGUGUGGAGCUUUGGUAUCUUGCUCUGGGAAACCUUUAGCCUGGGUGCCUCACCCUACCCCAGCCUCACCAAUCAGCAAACGCGGGAGUUCGUGGAAAAGGGUGGCCGCCUGCCCUGCCCAGACCUGUGCCCCGACGCGGUCUUUCGACUGAUGGAGCAGUGCUGGGCUUACGAUCCUGGACAGCGACCCACCUUCAGCGCCAUCUUGCAGGAACUACAGAGCAUCCGAAAGCGUCACCGGUGAGGCGGGGACCGCCUCCGCAGGCAAGAGUGGGCCUCCUCAGCUACUCAUGCUUGCCCCAAUUGCUGCAAGUCCUGUGCUGUCCAGGUCCAGCCUGUGGCCGUGCUGCUGGCAGGGUGCAGCCCUGUGGUGGCCCUGCGUUCCUGUUCCAGGCGGAAAUAAUAAAACCACGUGUGCCCAUCGGUGUCCUUGGCAUGUGCGCUCCUCCAGAGGGCAGGUCCUGGAAGGCAGGCAGGGCCCGUGUGAUGGCCGGAGGAAGGGGUGGCAGGUAGUCCUCACUGGGCAGAGCUGACAUCAUCUGGCAGGGCCAGGUGUGAGAUGCUGGGCCGCUGGGAGCUGGGGGUGCUAUGCAGGCUGUGGCCAGAAGUGGCGUCGUUCCCUGGAACAGAAUCACAGGACAGGAACAGAGCUGCCAUGAUGGGGAGUUUGGAGAUGGUGCUUUUGAGGGCCCGUGGGGAUAAAAAGUGGGAAGAAGCCCAGAUGAAGGACAGGCUGGAGCCAGAGGUGUGAAAACAAUUGGCUUAGAGAUGUCAGGAAGUAGCUGUCACAUGUAUGUGUACCACUGUUACUAUCACAUAAAAGUCAGGAGGAUAGCCAGGUACUGUGGGGUCACGCCCAUAAUCCUAGCUACUCAGGAGGCAGAAAUCAGGAGGAUCGUGGUUCGAAGCCAACCUGGGGCAAAUAGUUCACAAGACCCUAUCUCAA